AAAUCUCUGUUGGAAAAAAAAAUUCGAUCAACGUACAGGACUAGUCCAGAAACAAACACUAACUUAACUUCUCCCCUAGCAAUGGAAGGAACUAGUUUUCUCCGAGGGCAACCUCUAACAACAGUACCCUCUCUUGCCAGACACAGGUUCCUUCUCCCAGGAUGGAAGAACAAUCGGAUUGUCAGGUUUUCAAGUUUAAAGAAUCACUCGGAUUCUGUGAAGUCCAAGUCUUUUUUCGAUCUUAGCCUCAGAGCUUCAGACAAAGGUCCCAUCAAAGCAAACUCUGCUGUAACAGAGACGAACCCUGCAAGCUCAGAAUCCAAGGAACAAGACCUUGUCUUUGUAGCUGGUGCUACUGGUAAAGUUGGUUCUAGAACUGUCAGAGAGCUACUGAAGCUCGGAUUCCGAGUUAAAGCUGGUGUUCGAAGCGCUCAGAGAGCUGCAAGUCUUGUGCAGAGUGUUAAGGAUAUGAAAACAGAUGAAGGAACUCAACCUGUAGAAAAGCUUGAGAUUGUGGAAUGUGACUUGGAGAAGAAAGAUUCAAUACAGCCUGCUUUGGGGAAUGCAUCUGUGGUUAUAUGCUGUAUAGGUGCUAGCGAGAAAGAAGUAUCAGAUAUCACCGGCCCUUACAGGAUUGAUUACUUAGCCACCAAAAACCUUGUUGAUGCUGCAACAUCGGCAAAAGUUAAUAACUUCAUCUUGGUGACAUCCUUGGGGACAAAUAAAUUUGGAUUUCCCGCUGCCAUUCUCAAUCUAUUCUGGGGAGUUCUUUGCUGGAAAAGAAAAGCUGAAGAAGCGUUGAUUGCAAGUGGUCUUAACUACGCAAUAGUUAGGCCUGGAGGAAUGGAGAGACCAACUGAUGCAUACAAGGAAACUCAUAACCUCACUCUUGCUCUAGAUGAUACAUUGUUUGGUGGUCAGGUCUCAAAUCUCCAGGUUGCAGAAUUGCUAGCUUGUAUGGCUAAGAACCCUCAACUUUCUUGCUCUAAGAUUGUGGAAGUAGUUGCUGAAACAACUGCACCAUUAACUCCAAUUGAAAAGCUUCUUGAAAAGAUUCCUUCAAAACGUCCUUAUAUGCCUCCACCAAAGGAAACAGUUGCAGCCAAAGAGGUAACACCAAUAACACCAGUUCCUACUGAGCUUGUCACGCAAGAAUCAGUUGCAGCCAAAGAGGUAACACCAGUUCCUACUGAGCCUGCCACUCAAGAACCAACAACUCCCAAGGAGGAUGAAGCACCUGCCGAAGUAAAAGAAGUGAAACCUAGGCCGUUGUCUCCUUAUGCCGCCUAUGAAGACUUGAAACCUCCAACAUCUCCUAUUCCGGCCUCAGCACUUGGUGCCACCAAAGCUAAGGAGGUGGAAACAACUCAGGUCCCGGAGGUGGAUGCAACUCAGGUCCCGGAGGUGGAUGCAACUCAGGUUCCGGUGGUGGAAGCAACUCAGGCUCCUGUUGAGGACAAUGUAGUUCCAGAGCCAGAAGAUCCUGUUGAGGCCAAUGUCCCAGAAGCAGUAGAAGUAGAAAUGAAACAAGUUGAGGAAAAGAAAGAGAGGCCUCUUUCUCCUUAUGCUAGCUAUGAAAAUCUAAAACCACCUUCAUCGCCCACUCCUAAAGCUUCUGGUAUCCGCAAGAGCGACUCUGUCGCGCCUGUUCCAACCGAUUCUGAUACUGGUGAAAGCUCAACAGUUGCAACAAUUGUCACUGAGGCAGAAGCACCAGCCAUACCAAAACUAAGACCACUUUCUCCUUAUGCAGCUUACGCAGACCUGAAACCACCAACCUCACCAACUCCUGCAUCAACCGGUCCCAAGAAAACAGCACCUGCAGAAGAAAACUCAGAGCUGCCUGGAGGCAAUAACGUGGUGGAAACAGUUGAUGGUAGUGUGAACACGACUGAAUCUGCUUCUGUCCCAGAAGCAGAAGUUGUUAACAAUGUGACAGACACUUCCCUUACCCCAGAAGAAAUUGCAGCUGAUCAGCCAAAGCCAAGACCAUUGUCACCUUACACAAUGUAUGAGGACAUGAAGCCUCCAACAUCACCGCUUCCAUCUCCGGUCAUCAACCAUUAGUUAUGUGUGAAAUGAUUUGCCCUUACACCCUGGAGCUUUUAGCUUCAUAUUUUAAGAAAAAAAAAGAGAGGGAGAUGGGGCAAUUCAGUUUUGCAGGUAUGAGAGCUUAUAUAUGUAAAGAAAUACAAGAUUCUUCUUUGCCUUCUGAGUUCAUUUUAUCUUCUGUUCAAAUACUCUUGUCAUAUUUGAUGACCCAUUUGUGUCCCUCUCACAUAUAUAACCCAAAUUUGUUAUCAUUGGCUUUCAUAUUGGACUCUCAUUCAAACAGUG